AUGUCCGGUCGUCAAGGAGGAAAGCUCAAGCCACUUAAGCAAAAGAAAAAGAACAACAACGAGCUUGAUGAGGAUGAUCUUGCUUUCAAGAAGAAAAAGGCUGAGGAAGCCAAGAAGCUCAAGGAAAUGCAAGCCAAGGCUGCUGGCAAGGGUCCUUUGAUGGGCGGUGGCAUCAAGAAGAGCGGCAAGAAAUAG